AUGUCUGAGUAGCCUUAACAAGAAGGAACUUAAAAUGAUUACAUUCAAUCAUUAAGAGAGGAAGAAAACUUCCUCAUGAUAAAAUAUAAUGAAAAGAGGGAAAACGAAAAGAUGCAAAUGGAAGAAGCAGCAAAAAAAUUUGUGCAAGUUGAUCCAAUUACUCAAAAAAAGUUUGAUAGACCUACAAGAGCAGGUGGUGUUUAUGUGCCUCCUCACAAAUUGAGAGAAAUGGAAAACGAAAUAAAAAUGAGUAAUAAAAAUAGCGUUGAAUACUAAAGAUUAAUGUGGGAAUUGUUAAGAAAAUCAAUAAAUGGUAUUAUCAAUAAAGUAAAUAUUACAAACAUAUAAAAUAUCAUUGUUGAAUUAUUUAAUGAAAAUAUUUUAAGAGGGAGAGGAUUAUUAGCAAGGGCAAUUAUAAAAGCCUAAAUGGCAUCGCCAAAUUUUACUAUGGUUUACGCUGCUUUGAUCUCUGUUAUCAAUACUAAAUUACCAGAAAUUGUUAAUUUGAUAAUAAGAAGAGUGAUCGUUUAAUUUUAAAGAGCGUACAAAAGAAAUAAUAAAAUAGUGUGUAUGGCAAUUACAAAAAUGAUUGCUCAUCUUAUAAAUUAGAAAGUUUUAAGCGACUUAGUGGGAUUAGAAUUACUUUAUAUACUUUUAGAGAGUCCCACUGAAGAUUCUGUGGAAUUGGCCUGUGAUUUUACUAUAGAAUGUGGAUAAGUUAUGAGUGAUAUUGCUCCCUAAAAUGUUUCCACAAUAUUCGAAAGAUUUAAAGGAAUAUUGCAUGAAGGAACUAUAAGCAGAAAAGUUUAAUAUAGAAUUGAGUAACUAUUUGCAACUCGUAAAACUAAGUUUGUUGAUCAUCCAGGAGUUAUUCCUGAAUUAGAUUUAGUUGAGGAAGAUGAUUAGAUUACACAUCAAAUAGAUAUAGUUGAUGAAUUAGAUGCUGAGGAUAAUCUAAAUUUAUUUUAGUAUGAUUCAUUUUUUGAAAAAACUGAGAAUGAAUGGGAAGAAAUCAAAAAAGAAAUUUUGGGAGAAGAGAAUAUUAUUAUGUUAAAAACUAAGUAAUAGGUUGAUUUCAUGCCUGAGAUAGAAGAAGAAUAAGAGUAAGCUAAGGAUUUUACAGAAAGAGAUCUUUUAAGUUUGAAAAGAGUUAUUUAUUUAACAAUUUAAAGCAGUGUUGAUUAUGAGGAAUGUUUGCAUAAAAUAAUUAAAAUGUAAACAGGAAUUGGUCAUGAAGAUGAAGUUUGCAAUAUGAUUAUUGAUUGUUGUAUGCAAGAGAGAACAUAUUUAAGGUUUUUUGGACUUUUGGGAUAGAGAUUAUGUGAAAUUGCUGAAAUCUUUAGAGAUAAUUUUAUGAAAUGUUUUGUAGAGAAAUAUGCAACAAUGCAUCGUUAUGAAACAGCAAAAAUCAGAAAUAUUUCUAAAUUCUUUGCUCAUCUCUUUUUUACAAAUGCUAUUGAUUGGAGAAUUCUAAAAUGUAUUUCAUUAACUUAAGAAAGUACUACCUCCUCAGGUAGAAUUAUGAUUAAAUGUUUAUUCUUGGAAUUAGCUGAGAAUAUGAGCUUACCUGUAUUAAAGUCAAAAUUGAUGGAUCCUGAACUUAAAGAUUAUCUAGCUGGUCUAUUUCCAGUUGAUCAUCCUAAGAAUACAAGAUUUUCAAUUAACUUUUUCACUAGUAUUGGAUAAGGGUUAUUAACAGAAGAGUUAAGAUAGAUAUAUGAAUAAUAAAACAAAAUAGAAUUUUAACAUGCUCAAGAAGCUUUAAAAUAAUUCGGUACCUCUGCUGAAGAAGAUAGCGAAAGUGAUGAAAGUGACAGCAGUGAGGAUUCAUCUUCAGAUGAUAGUAGUGAUAGUGAUUCAUCAAAAGAUAAAUAAAAAAAGAAUCAAUAAGAUAAAAAAAGAAAAGAAGAUGAAGCUCCUGUUAAAGAAAAACCAAAAGAAAAAGAAAGAGGAAAAUAAAAAGAAAAGGAGAAGCAAAAAGAGAUGGAUAGAGAAAGAGAGAAGGAUAAAGAAAGAGAAAAAGAAAGAGAAAGGGAGAAGGAAAAAGAAAGGGAGAAAAAAAGAGAAAAAGAAAAAGAGAGAGAAAGGGAAAAAGAGAGGGAAAGAGAAAAAGAAAGAGAAAGAGAAAAAGAAAGAGAAAGAGAGAAGGAAAGAGAAAAAUAAAAAGAAAGGGAGAGAGAAAAGUAAAAGGAAAAAAAACUAGAAAAAGAGAGAGAAAGAGAAAGAGAAAGAGAGAAGGAAAAAAAAUAAAAAGAAAAAAGGGAUCAGAAAAAAAAAUACAAAAGUCCAAGUCCUAGCCAAAGUGACAGUUUAAGUGAUAGUAGAAGCAGAAGUAGGAGUCGAAGUGCAAGUGUUAGUAGCAGCUAAAGUAGUAGCAGUAGCAGUGAAAGUAAACCUUAGCAUAAAAAACACAAAUGA